CUCACUCUCUCUCUCUCUCUCUCUCUCAUCCAAAACCUAGAUUCUUUCCCAAUCCUCUGCAAUUCCUCUUCCAUCCAUGGAAGCUUCUCGUCCCUCUCGGAAGAGCUGGAGCAUCCACACCCGCACCGAAAUCACAACCCGUUACGAAAUCCUCGACCGUAUCGGAUCCGGCACGUACUCCGACGUCUACCGCGCCCGUCGCGUGUCGGACAACCUCAUCGUAGCGCUCAAGGAGAUCCACGACUACCAGAGCUCCUUCCGAGAGAUUGAGGCCCUCCAAACGCUACAAAACUCCCCCAAUGUCGUCUCCCUCCUUGACUACUUCUGGCACGAGGAUGAUGAUGAAGAUGCUGUCCUUGUCCUUGAAUUCCUCCCUUCCGAUCUCGCCUCCGUCAUCCAGCACGCCAAACGGAACUGCUCGGAUGGGAUGUCCGUUGGCGAGAUUAAGAGAUGGAUGGUUCAGAUCCUCCAAGGGGUUGAUGCGUGCCACCGGAAUUUGGUGGUCCAUCGUGAUCUCAAGCCGUCGAAUCUUCUCAUCUCCGCUGACGGUGUUCUCAAAUUGGCAGACUUCGGUCAGUCGAGAAUACUUAUACCAGAGCCAAGAUUUGUGCCCAUAGACGAUAACCCACAUGGGCAAGAUCCUCAAACCCAGGAAUGGAAUCUCCAACAGCCUGAAGUUAUUCCAAAUCCAGAAGCAGAAAGUUCAUGGCCAGAAGGUUCCAGGAACCCGUCAACUGUACUCCAAGAGCCCAGGCCUUUACAUGAAGAAGGUUCUUUGCAAGGGCUAGAUGGCCUCAAGUCCAAAGAUCCUGUGGAUGAAACUGACGUGGAGGCAAAGCUUCCUGACAGUGAUGUAUCUUGCCUCGCUACCUGCACUACGAGCGACAUGGACGACGAUCCUUUCAAUAACUCUUAUUCUUAUGAGACAGAUGAGGGGGGAGAGGAUGAAUCCAGGGCCUUCACUUCCUGUGUCGGCACUCGAUGGUUUAGGGCUCCAGAACUACUCUACGGAUCCACGAACUACGGACUUGAGAUCGACCUGUGGUCGUUGGGUUGCAUUUUCGCCGAGCUUCUCAGUCUAGAGCCCCUGUUCCCUGGAACAUCAGACAUCGAUCAGCUUAGUAGGAUCAUCAAUGUCGUGGGCAACUUAAAUGAAGAAACUUGGCCGGGCUGUUCAAAACUUCCCGACUAUGGAAAGAUUUUCUUUAACAGGGUUGAAAAUCCACUCGGUUUGGAAGCAUGUCUACCAAACUGCUCUGGCACUGAAAUCAAUCUUGUGAAGAGACUCAUUUGCUACAACCCGAUGAAUAGAGCUACUGCAAUGGAACUACUUCAUGACAGGUAUUUGAAUGAGGAGCCUCUGCCAGUUCCUACAAGUGAGCUCAGAGUCCCUUCUAGAAGCGACAGCCAGGAUGAGAACUCCCAAGGAGAGUGGUGUGACUACAAGGAUUUUGAUUCGGAUUCUGAUCUUGAGUUUGGCAGCGUCGAUGUCUCAACCACCGAUAAGGGCUUCUCUAUUCAAUUCUCUUGAAACAACGGAAUGAAAAAAGGUAUUGUGGAAAAUUAUAUUUUUCAUUACAUUCUUUUAGUGAUCAGAUGAAUCCUACAUAGUUGGAUUACCAAUUUGGUAAGUAUUCGAUGCAGAUUACAUAGAAACCUUUGAUGGUGUGUUGUAUAAAACAUUAAAACUGCAAUUUUGUAUCUAAAAGAGAUUUUGUUCA